AUGGGGUUCGUCCAAACGUGGAACGCCAAGAUCGCCGCCGGCCCGGUCGGUCGGUGGUUCCAGCUCGAGGGCUCCGGUCAUCCCCGUGAGCGCAAGGGAUCACUCUUCUUCACCGAGAUGCGUGCCGGCCUCGUCGCCUUCUUCGCCAUGGCCUACAUCAUCGCCGUCAACUCAUCCAUCGUCGCCGAUUCCGGCGGUACCUGCGUCUGCCCACGUACCGAGGCUGAUUUUACUUGCGACAAGGACCAGGACUACAUGCUAUGUGUGGCAGAGGUCAAGCGCGAUAUCGUCACCGCCACAGCUGCCAUCUCGUCCCUGGCCACCUUCUUCAUGGGUCUUCUCGCCAACAUGCCCGUUGGUUGUGCCCCGGGUAUGGGUUUGAACGCCUACUUCGCCUACUCCGUCGUCGGUUACCACGGAACUGGUGCCGUUCCCUACCAGGUCGCCCUUACCGCCAUCUUCAUCGAGGGCUUCAUCUUCUUCGGCCUCGCCCUGCUCGGUUUGCGCCAAUGGCUCGCUCGCGCCAUCCCGCGUUCCAUCAAGCUCGCCACCGGUGUUGGUAUCGGUCUUUUCCUCACCCUCAUCGGUCUCACCUACAGCGAGGGCAUUGGUCUGAUUGUCGGCGCGACCUCCACCCCCCUCGAGUUGGCCGGUUGCAUUCAGAGUGAGCAGCGUGAUGGCCUCUGCCCCUCCUCUACCAAGAUGCGCAACCCUUCCAUGUGGAUCGGCAUCUUCUGUGGUGGUAUCUUCACCGUCAUGCUCAUGAUGUAUCGCUUCAAGGGCGCCAUCCUCGCUGGAAUUAUACUUGUCAGCAUCAUCUCCUGGCCCCGCGGAACCGCUGUCACCUACUUCCCUGACACCGCCGUUGGUGAUUCCAACUUUGACUUCUUCAAAAAGGUUGUCGACUUCCACCCGAUCCAGAGGACCCUCCAUGUCCAAGAGUGGAAUGUCGUAGGAUACAGCGGUGCCUUUGGUCUCGCACUCAUCACCUUCUUGUACGUCGAUAUUCUCGACUGCACCGGUACCCUCUACUCCAUGGCUCGCUUUGCCAACCUCAUUGAUGAGGAGACCCAGGAUUUUGAGGGCUCGUCCGUGGCCUACAUGGUUGAUGCGCUGAGCAUCUCCGUGGGUGCCGUCCUCGGUACUCCUCCUGUAACGGCCUUUGUUGAGUCCGGUGCAGGUAUUUCCGAGGGAGGCAAGACUGGUUUGACUGCCAUUGUCACGGGUCUCUGCUUUUUCAUUUCCAUCUUCUUUGCUCCCAUCUUUGCUUCCAUUCCCUCGUGGGCCACUGGUUGCGUGUUGAUCCUUGUGGGGUCCAUGAUGGUCCGGGCCGUCACUGAGAUCAAUUGGAGAUACAUGGGCGAUGCGGUUCCCGCCUUCAUUACUCUCGCCCUCAUGCCCUUCACAUACUCCAUUGCUGACGGCCUGAUCGGCGGCGUCUGCAGUUACAUCAUCAUCAACUCCCUUGUCUGGGUCAUCGAGAAGGCAUCCGGCGGCCGCAUUGUUCCCCACAACAAGCACGAGAAAGACCCCUGGACCUGGCGCAUUCCUGGCGGCAUCCUGCCCCCUUGGGUCCGCCGCGUCUUCAAGGGAAAGAAGGACUUCUGGCGCUCUGACGAGCACAAGACUGCUGCUGCCGAGCCUCAGGCCUUGGAGAAGACUAUCAGCUCCGAGCAGGGCGGCUCUGUCACCGGCAAAAACAAGGAAAUCGGAGAGACCAUCACCACCCCACGGUGA